CAGGAAAGGUAAACACCUUGAAAAGUGAGAAGUCAGGGAAAGAAAACAAAAGCUGCCCCACCGCGCUUAAAAAAAAUAAAUCGCCCCUACCUUUUCUGAAUUCCUUUUAUCCUCAGCCUAACGCAAGCCUACACUGGCUACACACAAGUGCACAGACUUCACUAGAGCUACACUGGAGAGGGAUAGACUAUAGAGCCUGGAAGGUGGAAGGAAAUCUAUUGCUUACAGGGAGGCAAGGAGGUGGUUGAUUCUCUGAUCUGGAGCUCUUGGGGAGAAGGAGCUGGGAAAGUCCCAUGGAAACGGUUGGAGAGAGGCGCCCUGAUCCGUUCCUGACCGGAGAGAUUUGAUCUUUUGAGCUGCAGAGCUGGAGAAAUUAGAUCCUGGGGGCAUCCAAGUGAAAGAAAGUCUCAGUUUUCCCGGCGCCCUUGUUGCUGCAUUGCUGCCUGCCCCCAGAUCCGAGCAGCCGCACGAGGAAAGUAAGGGUUUCUUUCGGCGAAGGCGAUAGAAACCUGCCGUAAGUAGCAAUGUCUCUGAAGAGCAUCGUGCGGGAGCUGAAGGAGAUGAGGGACGGCAUCGGGAGCAUGUCGAGGCGUGGCGGCGGCUCCGAUGGGCGCGCCGGCCACGGCCGCGCGGGGUCGCGGCAUUCUUGGCCUGGCCUGUGGCCGGAGCCGCAGCGGCAGGGCCAGGGCCAGAGACAGGAGGGGCCGCAGCAACAGCAGGGGCGGUGGGCGAACCUGCCGCCGGAGCUGCUGCUGGACGUGAUACAGAGAGUGGAGGCUAGCGAGGCGACGUGGCCAGCGCGGCGCCAGGUCGUGGCGUGCGCCGCCGUUUGCCGGUCGUGGCGCGACGUCACCAAGGAGGUGGUGAAGACGCUCGAGGAGUGCGGCAGGAUCACCUUCCCCAUCUCCCUCAAGCAGCCGGGGCCUCGGGAUCAUCCUGUGCAGUGCUUUGUGAGGAGGGACAGGGCAACAUCCACAUAUCUCCUCUACCUAGGGCUCAGCCCGUCUCUGCAUGGGGAAAACGACAAGCUUUUGCUUGCAGCUCGCAAGGUCAGGCGUGCCGCCAGGACUUCUUUUGUGAUCUCACUGGUCUCUGACGAUUUCACUCAUUCUAGUAGCACCUACGUUGGCAAACUGAAACCAAACUUCCUUGGCACAAAGUUUACUAUCUUUGACAGUCAGCCUCCUCCAGAUGCUGUGGUGCUGCCGAACAAUAAACCGAGCAAAAGAAAGUCUAAACAAGUAUCACCAAGACUGCCACUAGGCAAUUACAAUGUUACUACCGUCACAUAUGAGCUCACAGUCCUACGCAACCGAGGACCAAGGAGAAUGCAAUGCACCAUGCACUCAAUACCAGCUCUUUGUAUUCAGGAAGGUGGGAAAGCUCCAACUCCUACUGGCACCAUCCACUCGCUUGAUGAGCAAUUGUCCACCUUACCAGCAAGCAAAGGGAAGGAACCAGCCAUAGAAUUUUCGUCGACAAGCCUUAGUGCUGAUUUGUCUGGACCAGCUUGUACAAACGAAGCCCCUCUAGUUUUGAAGAACAAAGCCCCUCGCUGGCACGAGCAGCUGCAGUGCUGGUGCCUCAACUUCCGAGGGCGUGUCACCGUAGCAUCAGUCAAGAACUUCCAGCUUGUUGCUUCCGUUGAUCCUUCCCUUAACAUCCCCGCUGUGGAGCAGGAGAAAGUGAUCCUCCAGUUUGGGAAAAUAGGGAAGGAUAUAUUCACAAUGGAUUACCGGUACCCGCUCUCGGCGUUCCAGGCCUUCGCAAUCUGCCUGACUAGCUUUGACACCAAACCGGCAUGCGAAUAACCAACGAAAGUAUAAGCUGGCCGCGAGUUAUGUUUAUGGUCAUUAUGUAUCUGCAUCCUUGGCUGUAAAUUCUGGAUCUUGCUAUGCCGAGUCACUGCCUGGGGAAAAUGGUGGUUUCCUCGGGUGAAGACGAGCAAUGGCAUCUGUGUUGUGGUAAACCGUAGGAAGAUUGGAGUGACCUGUUGUAACCAACUGUUAUGUAUCACCGCCGUAUGGAUAAUGGACGUUGUGACCAUCUUGCCUGCUCUAUUUGAAUUGUGAUUA